GUUCGCGAUGGCGCAGCUCGGCCUGGUCCGCUUGAAGGCACCGAGUAAAGAGCCGCGGGAGAGGGAGCCCGGCCCCGGCACCGGCCCCAGUAUCAGCCCUGGGCCCGCCGCCAAGCGCCGCAAAACACAGCACCACGGCCUGAGCCUCCGGCCUCCCGCCAGCUCAGCCUCGGUGCUCCGUUACCCGGCCUCCCCUGCUGGCCUCUACUCUGUGCGGCCUCCUCCCGCUCCCGCAGCGGCCUCCGGCGUGGCUGUCCCCGGGCCCGCCGCCUGCCCCGUCACCUCGCCACCCUCCUCCUCCUCCGCCGCCGCUGCCACCGGCCUCCCCGCUCCCGCCCUCCCCAAGACCAAGGGCCCGAAGGAGAAGCACCCGCGACGGGACAAGGAGAAGAAGCACCGGCCGCGGAAGGAGAACAGCGACUGCCGGCCGCCGCCUACCCCGCCCCCACCGGCCAAAGGUGGCUCAGAUGAAAAUGGGAAAAGCCGAAGACUGGAUGAAUACUUGGGCAAAAAGACAAAGAAAAAGAAGAAAAAGAAACAUCGGGAAGGUGAACGUCCGAGACGACUAAAAAUGUACAACAAAGAGGUGCAGACGACCUGUGCAGGAAUCACUAACUUUGACCUGGACACUUUGGGGCACGGUUCCUUGGAUGAAUCGAGUGUAAUCAACAAAUCCUCUGUAGAACAUAAUGAACAGCUUGACAGAUUGGAUCUGAAAAUGAGCCAUUGUGCCAUCCCCUCAGGUGCACAGUUACCGUACUUAUCUCACAGAGACCACUGUGUACGUAAGGGACUCUUACGGACAGGUUCCUCUAAAUUUGCCCAUUUCAUUCACGUGGAGCAUCAACCAAAUGGUGGUGCACCAGUGCUCCAUGCCUACAUGGAUGAACUCUCUUUUUUGUCUCCUAUGGAGAUGGAGAGGUUUGCUGAGGAAUUUCUUGCUUUGACUUUCAGUGAAAAUGAAAAGAGUGCAGCUCAUUAUGUAAUGGCUAUUGUACAUGGAGCCGCAGCUUACCUGCCAGACUUUCUAGAUUACUUUGCUUUCAACUUCCCCAACACUCCAGUGAAAAUGGAAAUAUUGGGGAAGAAGGAUAUAGAAACUACAACCAUCUCGAACUUUCGUGCUCAGGUUUCACGGACUUACUGUUGUGGCACAUACAGAGCAGGUCCAAUGAGACAGAUCAGCUUGGUGGGAGCAGUGGAUGAAGAGGUUGGAGAUUACUUCCCUGAAUUUCUGGACAUGUUGGAAGACUCUCCAUUUUUGAAAAUGACCCUGCCAUGGGGCACCCUGUCCAGCCUUCAGCUACACUGCCGGUCUCAGAGUGAUGAUGGCCCAAUAAUGUGGGUAAGGCCUGGUGAACAGAUGAUCCCGACUGCAGACAUGCCCAAGUCCCCCUUUAAGAGACGGCGGUCAAUGAAUGAAAUCAAGAAUCUCCAAUAUCUACCUCGGGCCAGCGAGCCUCGUGAAAUACUCUUUGAAGACAGAACACGAGCUCAUGCAGAUCAUGUGGGCCAAGGAUUCGAUUGGAAGAGCACAGCAGCUGUCGGUGUGCUCAAGGCUGUCCAGUAUGGAGAAUGGAGUGACCAGCUUCGAGUAACCAAAGACGUGAUCUGUUUCCAUGCAGAGGAUUUCACAGAUGUUGUACAGAGAUUACAGUUGGAUCUACAUGAGCCACCAGUAUCCCAGUGUGUGCAAUGGGUGGAUGAAGCAAAACUCAACCAAUUAAGGCGAGAGGGCAUCCGGUAUUCCAGGAUCCAACUCUCGGACAACGACAUAUACUUUAUUCCUCGAAAUGUCAUACAUCAGUUUAAAACUGUGUCUGCCGUUUGCAGCUUAGCCUGGCACAUACGCCUGAAGAAAUACCAGCAGGAAGAAGCAGAACCAAACAAUGACUCUGAAAUCACUUCUAAAGAGAUUAAGACAGAGACUGAUGUGAGCUGUUCAGAUGACACAGUAAUAAAACCUGAAGUCCAGGCUAAGUUGCCAAUAAUACAGGAAGAUCACAGUCAUCAGACCCAGGAUCACCAAGGUUUUCCACAAUGACGUGUGUACAUAUUCAACUUUUUAAAUAAAUAUUUUUUCUUUCUUUUUAAACAGGGAUGUGAAGUUUUAGUUUUAUAAGUUGGCCGGGAUUCAAAUUUUGGUGAAGAAAUUGUGCCGUUCUUAAAGUGUGCUUCUUGAAUUGCAGUGACGUUCCAGAGCAGUUGGCAAGUGCCUGCUGGUCGUGUUUACACAGACGUUUGACCAACUCAUGGAUAGGAAUCGGGCCUAUUUAAUUUCCGCCUUUAGAUGAGAUGCUGAACAAAAAAUAGUUGUGCUGAAGUUGCAGUGGGUCACAGAGAAACAGGUGCAAAAAAUCACAGGAUUGUGACCAGCAUUACAAAUCACCAGCUUAGGUAAAGGAGCCUGCCCCUUUAAUUGUCCUGUUAAUUGGUUAAAAUGAAGAGAGGCAAUGCUAUUUGCUGUCAUUUUACAUUCUCGUUGCUUUUAGUUGAAACUACCAAGGUCCGAUUUACUCUGCUGGAAUUAAACCUGCCGGUCUCACUCUGCCUGCAUUAAUAUCUGUGAAUCCAGUCAUUCCAGAUCAAUGUGGUUAAUUCACAAUUACCCUCUCAAUGGCUCAGCUGUGCACAGUUCGGGCAGACAGUGAAUGUGAAUGUUGGCUUGCCAGUGCCUUCCACAUUCUCAGAAUAAAUAAAAUUUAAAAAUCCAAAAAAAGGCAAAAUGCUGGGUACUGUAACUAGAAGGUUAUUGUCAUAUAAUUAUCAUCUUGGAUUUGGCCCAACAACGUGCACUUCCCAUUGGAUUAUAAAACAUGUUGAAAAUACAAAUAUGAAGAAGGCUAAGUGUUCCAACUAUUGUCAGUUGCCUGUUGUAGUCCACAUGAGACACUGCCCACUCUUAAUUACCUCUUCCAGUCUUUUUCUCAUUUGCCUUCUCUUGCUUUCUCUCUGCACUAUGCAUCAGGCCCUUCCAUAAAUGUCAGUGCUGUCUGCCACAUGGCGUGAUUGAGGUUGCUACACUCCUUUCAUUCUGAAAAAGCUCCUUUCUCAUUCUGUAGUAUGUUGUCAAUGAUUAUCUUUUAUUUGUGUUCUCUUUUUGAUCUGUCUUAUGAGUGGAAACAGUCUCCCUGUGUCACCCUAUUAAACCUUUCCAUAAUCUCGAGGCACUUACCAGGCUUUCUCCAGGGGAAGGAGCCCUGUAAGCCUGCUUGAUCUUUCCUGAGUGUCGCUGCAUUGAUUUUUUUUUAAGGGUCAGGUUUUCGCACAGCCGCAGUGCAAGAUGAUAGAAAAAGAUUAUUCUCUGCAUCGGGCCUACCAGAUACAGGCAGGUGCCCUCACCAUCCACAAAGUACCAACACAGUCGAACCAGAGCAGGAACAGAUUUAAAAACAAGGGCCAGGUGGUCAUUUUGGGGUGGAGUGUAAUGGAAUAUCCACCCAUUUAAGCAAUCAAAACCAGACCAGGAGAGCACAUCUCUGCUAUUUAUAAAAUGUCUGAUUCUAGCUACCUUACUCUGCUGUGAUCUGUGCUGCAGCCAGGAUCUGAUCCAGUGUACAGUGAAUCUGCAAUUCAUGCCUGAACUGGCAGCUUGUCAUUGAUCUCAGGAAAUCAAAUACUUGCUCUGUGUGAUCCAGCAUUUGUACUUCUUAAAAUGCACCACUUCACCGAUUCCCUGUUUCACUGCACUUUCCCAGUCCUUCUGCAUCUAAUGUGCUCUCCGCCCAUUAUUCUUGAAACCUCUCAGUCCAAUCCCUCUCAGAGUCUCAGAACUUUUUUCUAAAAUAAAUUGGCUCAGCAUUUGAAAUUUGUGUAAGCAGCAAAAAUGAGUUCAAAGACAUAGCUGUAUGGAGUGUAUACAUUGGAAAUAGUGGCAAAUUCUAAAUGUGGCUGUGUAACUUUUAUUUAUGUUUAACACCAGGCAAAAGUGAGGACUGCAGAUGCUGGAGAUUAGAGUCAAGAAUGUGGUGCCAGAAAAGCACAGCAGGUCAGGCAGCAUCCAAGG